AUGAUACUGCUGUACGAGCUGCAAAAGCGGCUGGCCAACCUGCGACCCACCGCCACUGUUGUUACCACUUCCACCGGUGCCCGCUACAUUGAGCGGAGGAGAUCUUCCGGCAGCGAAGACGGCACAGCCUCGAGUCCGCAGCAGCUGGAGGCGCGCCAGUACGGAUUUGUUGUGGACACCAAGCCCGACACUGUGCCCGCCUGCAUACUGAGCGAGUUCCUGUACCUGGGCUCUCAGGAUGCAGUGACUCCCGAAAACAUACUAAAGUACAAGCUAACGCACAUUCUAAGCGUCGGCAUACCGACGCCCCUUGUGGAGUGGCCUACUCUAGUCCAAUGUAAGUACCUACCUUGCCUGGACCUGCCAGAAACCGACCUGAUGCACUACGUCCUACCCGUGUCUCUUGAGUUUAUCGAUGAGGCGCGCAGGUCGCAGGGCUGCGUUCUCGUCCACUGCAACGCGGGCGUCUCGAGAUCCGCCUCCGUGGUUAUCGGCUAUUUGAUGCAGCGGCGGGACAUGUGCUACGAGGAUGCGUACAAUCUGGUCAAGUCCUGGAGGCCGUGCAUUCAGCCCAAUGCGGGCUUCAUGCAGCAGUUGAAGCAGUCUGGUAAAACAUAAGUGAAGUUAAGCAAUAAGCAUUGUAGUUUGGUGUCCAGCUGUUUUUAGCUUACUUAGCCUUAUUUGUUGUACAAUACACACUUUUAACCACAAAA